AUGAUGAAGUUGUUCAAAUCAAAUCAGACAAAGUCCGAUGAAGACAACCCGUUUCACAAUGUAAUGAAUAACAUCCAAACCCAGUUCACCAACCUUUUCCGGAUCCCGAACCCGAACCCGUCAAAGGAAAUCAAAAAGCUGUUAAAAGAGAUUCCUGUUUAUAGAAUGACGUACUCGAAUCCAUAUCAUCAUGGUCUAUACGCUCCGCUGAGGCUUUGUACAAUGGAGAGAGCUGCUAAUUUUUAUUUCUUCACUGAAGAAGAUGCUCAGUCUUGGGUGGACCGUGUCGAAUGUGGGACCUACUAUCAAACUGUCAAGGUUUCACUAUUCGAGAUUAUUAAAGCCGAAGAAGCGGAUCUAUCGAAAAUGUUUACUACGGUUGUCCCAGAAUUGUCUGAAGUCUCAAAUGCCAUAAAGGAAAGAAACAAGGCUGGUUUUCACUGUGACAGCUUUUCCGGUGUUCCUAUUUUUCAGUCGGAUGCUUUAAAGACGAGAGACGAUGGAAGCCCAAAUAACCCUUCGCCUGCUUUCUUUAGAAAGGCUGACCUAGAAAAAGCUCUACUUGACAAAAAACGAUCGAAUAUAGAGGCCGAGCUCAUACAGGUGACUGCUCUUGAAGAUAUAAUACAAGAAAUGAAGGAUUGCUCAACAUCGAAGUGGAACAAUGUUGCUCUCAUUCCUCCUGGAAAUGAAAAGCUCUUUGGAAACGGUCUCUUAUCGUUUCUUUUACAGUUUUGA